CCUUCCCCAGACCACGGCUCAGCUACAUCAUCAUCCCUUCAAUCCUCUCAAUUUUUUAAAAAAGUUCCUCAGUUGCUGCACCAGUCUGUGAUUUACCUCAGGCCUUUCCCUGAAAAAAUCUCAAUUGCGCUGCCGGGCAGUGAAAUAUCGCAUCGCAACGACAUACGGCAACUGCAUAUAGUCGUAGCAUUUCCUUCGUCCGGAUUUGGCUGGAUUGUCGUAGACUACAGAGUUUUUCUCACGACAAUUACUCAAGAUGUGACAUAAAGCACUCCGAAUUGAGUCCUCUCUAGUUCAAGCCCUUAUGAGAAAAUUCAUAAUUAUACAACUCAAUCCCGCCCAGAAAUAGCGAGACAAAGUGGAUGUCAGCCCAGACAAGCAAAAACCGACUUUAAACGAAAUUUAAAAAAUAAGCAAGUAAAUUAUUCAUUGACUGACUGGGUGAGUAAGGUGAGACUGUGUGGUGCUAAAGUUAGGGAACAAGUGUCAUAGGGACGAGGUGUCAUUACUUAUUCAAGACGUGCCCUGCCCAGUGGUUUAUUAUUAUUCCAUGGCGAGCCUCCAUUAGCAUUAACUUGCACUUCGACUUCAGACGCGACGCCAGAUCUAGACGCGCUAUAAAUAUUCUACUUUCUGGGUGGCAUCUCUCUCUCUCUCUCUCAACUUAUUUGACUGACCUAUUCAUCGAAAUUUUUGACGUUGGUUUGGCUUUAAAUAUUUAAAUGAUAUUGACCCCUGCAGCUUAUAUGUAUAUGUGUAUGCACAUAUAUAUAAAUUGUACUGAUGUAAUUUGAAUAGGUUAACUGAACUCUAUAUUCAUGGCACAUGCGUAUGUGCAUCAGCCAUGGACGCGUAAAUAAAAAGUUUCAAAUUACAUAAUAAAGUAUACACAGUUGUAGUGAAAAGUUGAUCUUUGUAGGUAAAACCUUUGAAGGGUAAAAAUGGAUAAUUUGUCAACAGGCACAAAUUUUAGCAUAAUAAGUACAAGAUCAAAUAUCCAAUAAUGAGGUACACAAACCACUUCACUGGAUGGAAAGAAUGGAAACAUUACAAUAGCAUUUUUAUCUCUGUAUUAUUUUAACAUUGUUGUAGAUAGUAGUGUGGCGGCGACUGUGCUCUGAUCUCGAUGAGAUGAGCUUCAUCAACCCCAUGAAAAUUAAAUUAAAUCUUGGAGCAAGAGUCAAAAGUUGGGCUAAUAAAAAUAAAAGUUGAACGUGACAAUAUAUGUAAGACCAGCCAGACAAGAAGUGUGAGUAGAAUUGACUAUUUUGUGGAGGAGAUGAGACUUUUGUAAUCAUUCUACGCAAAGGACUUGCCCAGUCGAGAAGCAACUUUUGUUUAGCUCGUCUUCUCAUUGUCUUGGUCUUCUUGAUCAUCCCUCGAUUCACCACUCACGGCAACACAACCACCAACACGGGAGGGCGAAAGAGGAGCACAUUAUCAUUUUAUGAAUCAAACCAGAUAACACAUAUAACCAAAAGUUGGUAGUAAAUUUUUAGUAGUAGUAGUUCUCAAAGUUGGCUUUUUUUACAAUAGCUUAUGCCAUGUGUAGUAACUACUCUUGCAGCAAUUAUAAUCUACACAUCGACAUUAAAUUUUACUUCAAUAAUACUGUAAUACCGGUAUGACAAGUAUUAAAUUGCUGGCAGCUGUGAAAAGUUUGUUCUUGGUGAGUUUCAGUUUCACUAUUACGGAGGAGGGGCAGUCUUUUGUUGCAUAGGUUGGAGGAAGUUGGCGGCUGUGAAACAUAUUCAUUUCGAAUAUGCCGUGGGUGCAAUGAAAUGAUAAGUUCAAAAAGUCUCCAUAACCGAAUAUACUGGUGCCAAAAUUUUUGGAGUAUGUGUGAGUAGUUGAACUCUAGUAGUAGCAGUAAGCAGCACUCUGAAUAGUUGACCAUUUAAUUCCUUCCUUCCGGUGGUACAAGUGCCAUGUCACUGGUGGACACUUAUCACACUUGCUCCCCGGCAGUCGUGUGGUGGUGACCUGUAAAAGGUGUGGACAUCAAGACUAUGCAAUUCCAUGGUUGGGGUCCUUGAGCUGAAAACAUAAAACAAUAAUGUCCCAUGGUCACUUCACCACCAAAGUGACACUUUUGUACUUUCUCCUCGCAUUAAGUUUCCUAUCAUGUGAAAGAGUCUGCAGUGUCCUCGGUAGUGAAAGCAGCAGGGAUGAGUCCUCUCCAAAAUAUGAGGAGACCAUUCGCAAAGAGAUGAUCAAAGUGCAGAUUCUUCAGAGGUUGGGGUUGGAGCAAAAGCCUCACGUAGAUGAUGCACACAAACUUUCGAAGGAUCUCGCUCUCGAAAUUUUGAGGAGAACUGACAAUUUACAUCAGUCUGGUGGUGGGUCCACGUCCUCGGAUACUAAUUCCACCACCAUUCAGACGACCGAGGAUGACAAUAACUUUGCAAAAACCUCGGAGAUUAUUUCAUUUCCUGACAAAGGUCCUAUUCUCAAUGGGCACACCCUAUUGUCUUUUUCAUAUGCUGGGAACCACGCGUAUGGAAUGGGAGUGCGGGUGAAAAGAGCAGACUUAUGGGUGAAAUUCGAUUAUAGAUCUUUAAUGGGCAGACAUUUUGGACACCUUUUACACCCAAAAGGGGUGAACCUGUAUAUUUUUCACAUAGUUGGGAAUUCUAAUUCCAAGAAAACUCCUUUAAAUCAUACAGUCCAUCUAACAAGUCAGGACGUGGAGAUGGACCUCGUGGUUUCCAGAACCAUAAUGCUCGACUCGCUCGGUUGGCAAAAGUUGGAUAUUACUCCAGUGGUGCAGAAGUGGUAUAAUAAAAACAGCCGGCACAGAAUCCGGCAUGGAAAUCACCAGGGAAAGAAUCAUCAUCCACGAGAAAAGCUAACCCUACUCGUGGACUGCGCUGGCUGUGCCAAUUCCAUCCAUCCAAUUACAUUUAGUCAAUCAAAUACUGUGAUCACAAAUGAGAGAAAGGAUUCCCCAGACCUCAUGAGGGAUGACUUUCACCAAGAGCCAUUAGAUACCUCUGGCCAGGUCCACUCCGAAGCCUUUGCUGAGAGGGACGAGAAUGAGAUUCCCUUCCUAGUUUUAGAAACAGAAACCGCACCGAACGCUAGAAGAAAUCGUCGAAGAGCUUUAGAGUGUGGUCCGAGAGUGAAACAUUGUUGCAAGCAAAGAUUUUACGUCAGUUUUCACGAACUCGGUUGGGACGACUGGAUAAUAGCUCCAAAGGGAUACUAUGCUAACUAUUGUCGAGGUCACUGUGGAGGUCCAUUCCGAACUCCUGACACCUAUCAUUCGUACCACGCUCACAUAAUCGAAGAGUACCGAAGAACAACCGAUGGGCAAUCAAAUCUGGAAGGAAUCACGCCUUGCUGUGCCCCCACAAAAUUUGCUCCAAUGUCUCUCAUUUAUUUUGGGCCAGACUACAACAUUAUAAAAAGAGACCUUCCUAAAAUGAUUGUAGAGGAGUGUGGCUGUCCAUGAGCAAAAGUACUAGAGCCUCAUUUCUAAAAAAAACACUAUGAAAAAGGUAAAAUUACAAAACAAACUUUCUCGUAUAAAUGAAAUGGAGAAAGUAACGAAGAUUCCCAACGACGGAAAGACUGCCCACCGAGAAAGACCCGAUUAAUUGUUUUGAAAGGGCUUUCGGCCAGUUGUGAUAUGAUUUCGAAUGCGUAAUGUAGCAAUCGUAGAUUUCCUCACGCCAGGUUCAUUGUUCGAGUAUGUAAAAUAUGAAUCGUGAUCUUGUCACUCAUUUUAUCGUACUAUUAUCGCAAUUAUUACUGUUGUGUUCUUUUGUUUCCAAACGCAGGAGCCAUUUUGCAUAAAAGGUUCUGUCUUCAGUUCAGGUAAUAAAGCUGCCAUUAUUUUGGCUGUAUUUAUUCAAAUGUCAUAAAUAUAUUAUUGCAGUAAUAAUAGUUGGGUUGAAAACGAUAAUUUAGAUACAUAUGCAUGUACAGUACAGUACAUUUAGUGAUAAAAUUAUUAUACUUAUAUGAAAUUGUUCUCCAGUUUCAAAUCACUCAAAAUAGUUGAAGUAAAUGAGGAAUUGCGGAGAUAUACCUUCCAUCACUGCCACUGUCGACUUAUAUAAUGCCAGAUUGACCGUCAUGUCAAUGGGUUUAAUUAGCUUAUCAGUUUGUGUGUGUAAACUCAAUCCAUUUUAAAAGUUGUCAAAACUCAAUUUUAUUGCAAACAAUGUCACAUACGAAAAACAAGACUUUUUUUACCAGAGAAAGAGAAAGAGAAUCGGAACUCGCUGUGAAGCAUAUUAAAUUGUAUUUGUAUUGAAGCAAGUUAAAUGUGAUUAAAGCUACUUUAUAGUAAUAUAAUCAUAAUGAAUAACUAUUAAAGUAGUUCAACGCGAUUGCAUAGUGAGAAAUUGUGUCACCAAGUAGAAAUUAUAAAAUCUUGGUAAUAAAAACUUGAGAAUCUUUCAAAUUGUAAGAUGCGGAAAAAUAAAUGCGAGUGUUAAAUUCAAGUCACAUUAA